AUGGGAAUCGGGGGCCAGUUUGUUGCCGCCGACGGAGCUUUACAUCCACCAACCAGCGUUACGGCCGCAACUCACGGCGAAUUCUCGGCCGCUACAGCGGGGGACCCGCCUACGGGACUCUCAACGGGCCUCUCCUCCCGCUGGUGGCCAGGCGCUGCUGACGCGUCGCCCGCAACAACCGGCCAGCCAAUGGCGUCGCCCGGCGGCGGCGGCGGCGGCGGAGGCGACGACGCGGUGACGAUCGUAGUGAUGGGCGAUCUGCAUUUGGAGCCGGGCCAGAUGACCCUGUUCCACGAGGCGCGCGAUCAGAUCGUACGGCUGCUCGCUGGCGAUCAGGAAAACCUUGCCACGGACCCUUCGAUUUGCACAGAAAACGGCAGAACCGCCGCCGGGGGUGAAACCACCAGCAGUGUUACCAACGGGGAAAGCGCGAAAGGCAGUAGUAACAGCAACGGCAAGAGCGCGCGCGAGAGCGACGCUCCAGCAGCGGCCCCGCCGGCGCUGCUGAUUCAACUGGGGGACGUCGGCGGGUACAGCAACAAGCCCGGAUCCGCGGAGUGCUUCCGCUCCGCCGUCUCUUUCCUCGACUCCUUCCGCCUCCCGCGCUUGUCCGUCACUGGAAACCACGACCUGGAAGGUUCCGAGUUCGAAUCCGACGAGCGGAAUUUGCUCGCGUGGAAGGACGCGUUCGGGCAGGAGCAUUACUGGCGGCGCGAUCUAGGCGACGCGGGCGUGUGCUUAGGGUUGUCGACUGUGCGGUUUAGGGACGCGCCAGAUAGCUGUCACGAGGUUUUUAUAGAUGACGAGCAGGUCGCGUGGAUGACGGCGCAAUUGGCGGCGGUGGAGGCGGAAGGGAGAGACCGGCCCGUGUUUGUGUUCACGCACGCUCCGCCAAUGGGAUGCGGGCUGACGAGCCUGCAGGAAGUCCACGUGCGCAAUCGCUGCGCGUGGCUCAACCACUCCUGUCCCUCCACGUCACGCAAGUUCCUGGAAUUAGUACGCUCCCAUUCCUGCAUUAAGCUGUGGUUCUCGGGCCAUUUCCAUCUCUCGCACGACUACGAGGGCUCCCUCUCGCGCGUCUCGUCCUGCCUGUUCGUCCAAACCGGAGUCAUGGGCAGCUGUCACCGCGACGGCCGGCGGCACUCGCGCGUGCUGCGCGCGACGAAAUCGGGUUACCACCUGCUGACGCUGGACCACUCCGCGGGGGAGGUGCGCACGGACGUGCGCCACGUGUACGAGAACGAGGCGCGGGGGAUCCCUCCGCAGCGCCUGUGGUGCUCCACACUGUCUGGCAUGAGCGCGUGCGCAGCAGGAGGCGCGUUCAGCCCGAUUAUGCCGGCUGAUCUGGCGGCAAGAGACCAGGACCAGUUCCCGCCGUUCGCUAGAGGGAGCGUGGGAGGUUGGGGCCGGGCGAACGGAGCAACAGCAGCAGCAGCAGCAGCAGCAGGAGGAGAAGAUGCAGCAGAAGGUGCUGGUGCAGCAGCAGGAGCAGGAGCAGCAGGGAUGGUUCUGGGUUCUCCUGCCAAGCGUCGCAACACCAACACAAGCACAAGCACCAGCAGUAAUGUGAGCAGCAGCAUAAGUGGGGGCGGUACAGUGCGGUGGCUGCAGAUGGGCGAGACAGUACUGGCAGUCCACGCGAAUCAGAUCCUUCAGUACGACCCCGACUUGCGAGCACCCAUUGGUAUAGUGUGCGAUGCUGUCAACGGCAGGAGUAUCAGACUCGUUGCCGAGGGCCGUGUGGGGGACGGCAAUGGCGGGGCGAACAGUCGUGGGCGGAAAGGAGAGGUGCCUGUGUUGGAGGCGGUGGAGCUGCAUCCAACGGAGGAGUCCAAGUGGCUGGCGGUGUCGUCGCGCCGCACCAAGGGGUCGUUUGAGUUUGAGCGGAUUGAACGGAAUGAGGAGGGCGGGUUCUGGAGGGUUUUCCAGCUGAACAAGUGGAGGGUGGUACCGUAUUAUGAAGACAUGUUUAUGAUGCUGGUUGCAGCCAUCAAAUACCGGUACUGGCAGCUAAGUGGGCAGCAGUGA